CCGGGUGUGUGCAGGGAAGCGCCUCGCUUGCGGUCUUGGAGGCUGGGGGCCAACGCUGCGGAGAUGAAGUCGCGGGCUGCCCCGCUUGGCUCGCGCUGCGACCUCGCCGCUAGCGCCUUGCCUCCUUGCCCUCCCAAGCUUCAGCGCCUAGGCGGCCCCCACCAGGGUGCCCCACGCCGUCACUAAGUGCCCUCGCCUCAUCGGGCCCGCAGCCUCCUCUGCGCGCACGACCUCGGCGGUUGGUCUCAGAGCAGCGAGAAGCCCAGACCAACUGCAAGCGUCCCAAUCGCAGAACCGCUUCCAGACCCCUUGACCGCCUUGCACCAGCGCACAAAGGACCAUUCGGCCCGCGACUGGGGCCCAGUUCCAGUCCCAGCUUCGCUGUUGGCUCCUGGCCUCGAGUUCCAGAACACGAGCAGAGCCGUCGAUGGGCGGGACACGCCUGAGCCUCUGUCCGCGCUGAGCCAGCUCAGAAAACGCGGGCGCCAAGCCUCCAGCACGCUCCUGCCGGGAAGGACCAGCUCGCGAGCACCCCCUGAGCUCUCCAGAUAGGAGCCCAGCGUCCAUUCCCGUGACCCAGCGUCCCGGGCCCCGCAGCUCCCAUCCGCCCGGCCCUCGACAGCAGCGGGCGGGCAGGGACGCCCGGGGACGCGGGACGGCUGCGCCAUGACGGCCGAGAGCGGGCCGCCGCCGCCGCCGCCGCCGCCGCCACAGCCGGAGGCGCUGGCGGCCGUGAAGGAGGAGCGCGGUGAGGCGGGAACCGGGGUCCCUGCGGAGGCCGCCGGCCGAGGUGCGGGCGGGCGGCGGCGCAAGCGCCCCCUGCAGCGCGGGAAGCCGCCCUACAGCUACAUUGCGCUCAUUGCUAUGGCCAUAGCGCACGCGCCAGAGCGCCGCCUCACGCUGGGCGGCAUCUACAAGUUCAUCACCGAAAGAUUUCCCUUCUACCGCGACAACCCCAAAAAGUGGCAAAACAGCAUCCGCCACAACCUCACGCUCAACGACUGUUUCCUCAAGAUCCCACGUGAGGCCGGCCGCCCGGGCAAGGGCAACUAUUGGGCGCUCGACCCCAACGCCGAGGACAUGUUCGAGAGCGGCAGCUUCCUGCGCCGCCGCAAGCGCUUCAAACGCUCGGACCUCUCCACUUACCCGGCCUACAUGCACGACGCGGCUGCGGCGGCUGCCGCUGCCGCCGCCGCCGCCGCCGCUGCCGCCAUCUUCCCAGGCGCUGUGCCCGCUGCGCGCCCGCCUUACCCGGGCGCCGUCUAUGCAGGCUAUGCGCCGCCGUCUCUCGCCGCGCCGCCUCCGGUCUACUACCCCGCCGCAUCGCCAGGCCCAUGCCGCGUCUUCGGUUUGGUGCCGGAGCGGCCGCUCAGCCCAGAACUAGGUCCUGCAACGUCGGGGCCCGCGGGUUCCUGCGCCUUUGCUUCCGCUGGCGCCUCCGCCACUACCACCGGCUACCAGCCUGCCGCCUGCGCGGGGGCGCGACCAGCCAACCCCUCCGCUUAUGCGGCCGCCUACGCGGGCCCCGACGGCGCUUAUCCGCAAGGGGCUGGCAGCGCCCUCUUUGCUGCUGCUAGCCGAUUAGCUGGGCCUGCCUCGUCCCCCACGGGUGGCAGCAGUGGCGGCGUCGAGGCCGCAGUGGACUUCUAUGGACGCACAUCACCCGGUCAGUUCGGACCGCUGGGGCCCUGCUACAAUCCUGGUGGGCAGCUCGGAGGAGGCAGUGGAGGCGCCUACCAUACUCGCCAUGCGGCCGCCUAUUCUGGCGGGGUGGAUCGGUUCGUAUCUGCUAUGUGAGCCGAGCAUACGCUCGAAAAGCAAUAAAUACCUCGGCUGUCCACACGAACUGAGUAUCCCUGAGACCUGAGGACAGGACUGGAGAAAAGCCUGAAUUGAGAGGCACGUGGAAGGAAGUGGGCAGGAAAGGCGCAGACGUGGGGCGCAAUGCGUACACAGCCGGUUCGCUUUGUAGAUGGGAAGAGGCAGCUGAGGCCGAUGACUGGGACAAAGGACCCUCAAGGAGGCGAAGCUCCACAGGACAUGACUUUAUGAAAUCUACCCGAGAGGGUACUUGGCAAUAAAGAGGGCCCAGCAUAGUGCUAUAUCAGCGUGUAGGAUCCGAAUCGUGGGGAGCCACAUGGCUUCACUCUUCCCGUACUGAGCGAAACUCUGGCCUUUUUACACAGUUAGGCCUUUUGGGCCUUUAUGUUACCACAGUAAGAGGCUCCCAUAGUACCUUUCUUCUUAAGGUGAGGAGGACAAGUUUGCAAAAGAAGUAACGCCUCUUUUUUUUUUAAUGGGAGAAAUCCGCUUUGCUUACCUGGGUCUGGUUUCCCCUGCCUCUGAGACCUGCAGAUCUGACUCUGUGUCUGGACUGUGUUUCAGCUCCAUAGUGUGACCCACUCCCAUUACCCACACCUUCAGUCUCCCCUUCUGUUAUACAAAAGGGCUUCAGGAUUUGACACUCUUAACAUAUGAUCUUGAAAGCCCCCAUCACCUUGCAUGCUGCCCUAUAUACACCCAGGGCUUAACUGUAUUCCAAGGAAUCAGAACAGAGCAGCACAUGGCAAGCAGCUAACCUAAAGUCUCUGGACUAGCUCCAGGCAGUGAUUAUAUCAUAAUUUCAUGGACCUUUUGAACACGAUGUAGUGAGCAUUUGGCAGUUAUUACCGUGAGGUCAUAAAUGCGGUUUUCCAAAGAGGCAAGGAGAAAGACAUUUGUCAGUUGUCCACUCUUUCUUUUCAUGAAGAAGCCAUGGACCCAAUGGGCAAGCUGCAGUUCAAAGAGAUGACAGGACUCAGAGGGGAACCCACUGGUAACAGUUUAUCAGACUGACUUUUCCAUCCCUGGCACCCUCUCCCAUACAUCAGCAACUUGCCCAUGCAUUAAAAGGAAAGAGAAAAAUUAAUUGGGGAGGUUGGUGAAGUAAGCUUUAGAAAAAAACUUGAUUUUUAACUUUUUGUCCAUUUGUUUUUAAGCAGCAAGCUGACCCAAAUCAGACAAAAUCCAACUACUUCCCCACAUUUUUCUUGUGAAAUGUUUUAGUUUUAAUUUAGAGUGAAAAUUUCCAGUGUUAAAUAUUUCAGAGGCUCAAUGUGCAGCUUUCAGAUAAACCUCCACGUUCAGAUGAAACCUUUAAUAAAAAUCUUCGAGCAAGUGAGUUCUGGCAAGAGAAAUUUGGCCUCUUUCUGCGAAGUUAACUUGCUAGGGAAUGGUGGGGGGCUGUGUGAGAAAGAAGACUGAAAACCACUAGUAAUUUUUAUUUUCCAUUUUGGGGAUUGCACUAUCCUGUUCCCAUGAGUGUGAUUCAGUCCAGACGGGUGUUCGUCUAAAGCAGUGCUAAUAGAAAUAUAAUGUAAGAUACACGUGUAAUUGAAAAUUUUCUGGUAGCUACAUUAAUGAAAAGAAACAGGUGAGAUUAAUUUUAAUAAUAUAUUGUAUUUUACCCAAUAUACCCAAACUAUCAUUGCAACAUAAAAUGAGUAUAAAAAUUGUGAUAUCUUACUUUUUUUGUACUAAGUCUUUAAAAUCUGGAGUGUAUUUUACAAUUACAGCUCAUCUAACUUUGGACUAACUCAAUGCCAAGUGCUCAAUAGCAGGGUGUGAGCUGAAGGCUGGGCCUUUCUAAUUUUGGUGGUGGUAAAUGACCACCUGGGCGCAGGAGGCAGCUGGAGCUCUGACCUUGCAGCCAGCGGGUCCAGAUUACAGCCCAUCCCCCCAUGACCUUGGAAAAGUCUAGGUGUUGGGCCUCCCUUCUCCAUACGGACUAUUACAGGUAUAAAAUUCAAAGGUUCUCCAUGUGCGGCUAGACAGUCUGGCUCUUCCAGACAGAAGUCAGAAUGCCUUGCCUAGCAAGUUAUUCCCUAGCAAGUUAUCGGCAGUCACCAGAAAUGGAGAGCCGUCCACCCAGAGGUUUUGCCCUUGGCUGUCAAGAGUCAGAGAAUCUGGGCCAGAGAAGGACGUCUAUGUGUCCAGUUAGUGCGGGAGUUGAUCCUUUCUCUGCUCUUAAAUUACCAAGUGGAGCGCUUUGACAGCACCAUUAACCUUAAGCCAGCCCCUUCUCCUCUAGUGUCCUCAUUUGUGGAUAGGAAUUUGUGACCCCUACCUCAUAAUAGUCCUCCUGAAGUUAAACGAGACAAGAGAGGUGAAAAACACCUUGUAAACUGUAAAGCGCAGGGUAAUGGAGGGAGCAAAGGCUUUAAAAUGAAAAUCCCUGCCUUAUCCCCCAGACUCCUGGGGCGUCGCAGUAAAGCCCCAGGAACGAAAAAAUAGAGGUGGAAAAUUGCACGCGUCUUCGGCCCCCACCCUCCAAAACUAGGAUGGCAGGUGAUUUCUGUGCCCGGGGAGAGAGGAUGCGGCGACGAGGGAACUGGAUUUGUACAGCAGACGUCAGGGAGACGGGAGAGUGUUGGGAUCAAGGCACUGAAGGCAAUCAGCCCUUCUCAGCCUCCCGCCGCCGGCCAGUGCCAGCCAAAGCCCAAGCGCCCCCCGGGCCUGGCCACAAUGGACGCUGCGCAGACCAGUGAGCGCCCCUCGCGCUUCACCCACGCCUGGGUCACGGGCAGAACCUCCAGUCCGCGUGACUCUCGAAUUAGUAGAACAUUUCACUGCCGCUGUCUUGGAACAUUCCAACUCUAGGAAUCUCCAAACUGUGGAACAGGACCUCCCAGUUCUCCAUCUGGGGGCUCAGAGAUGGGAGGUGCGUUUCUCUCUCUUUUUUUUUUUCUUCUUCUUCUUCCUAUUAUGAAACCCGAAAAAUUGUUUGCCCCUAUCUGGGCCCUGCACCCCCAACGUCGUGUGCAGGCGUCCUGGGGCUGUGGGUAAUUAGAUGCGUUCUUUCCUAAUUGCCCAAGGCUCGUUAGAAUUUGCCCCAGAGCUGUAACAUUUAUUUUCUUUCAAAUUAACUUUGCUUGCAAUUAAGCUUAGGAAAACAGCAACAAAAGCAGGCUUGGCCCAAGGUUGUUUACUACGAAAUAGCAUAGGGAACCUCCUUCCCCAAAGGAAAAGAUUCCUGCGGCCAGCGCUUUGGGGAAAGUGUCCCCACUGCACAGGCAAAGGGGGCGCAGAAAGCUGCUCCCAGUGGUUGUUGAUCCCAGUGAUUGUUGAAGGUGUUGGCCUUGCUCCUCAGCUCCAUGACUCGUGGGCCCCAAAGAAGUUAACCUCCUUGAAAUGAAUUUGGGAUUUGAGCUGAACUACACCCCCACAAAUGAAGCUGCUGUACGUAGUU